AAAAUGGAACAAGACUUAUUCAAACUGAUAGGAAACAACUCAGCAAGUUUAACAUUAGAGACUUUGAAACAUAUUCAAAACAAAUCAAAACCUUCACCAUCAACAUCAGCAUCAACCGCUAAGUGGAAUUUGAUCGAUAUCGCGAACCCAGCACGUAAAGUCCAAUUGAAAGUUAAACAUUGGGUGAGGAGUGAUAAACCUUCAGUAUCGCCAUUUUCGAAAUUCAAUACAAGUUCUAAUCUUUAUACAUACUCAACUGAAGAGUAUUAUCAUUAUCUGAGAGACGAUGAUUGGACAAAAGAAGAAACGGAUUAUCUAUUCUCACUUUUGAAAGAUUAUGAUUUAAGAUUUCCAGUGAUAAGUGAUCGAUAUGAUUUUUUAGGUAGUUCAAGAUCAAUCGACGAUUUAAAAUCAAGAUAUUAUUCGAUUUGUCAAAAGUUAAUCUUAAAUCGACCAUCGAAUUCUUCAGGCGAGCCAUUAGAUGAGAUGAGUAAAAAACAAUUAAUUCAAAGUUAUCAUUUUGAUAAAAAUAGAGAAAUUGAAAGAAAGAAACAAGUGAAAAGGCUAAUGAAUAGAUCAUUAAAUCAAAUUCAAGAAGAAAACUUUUUAUAUAUCGAAACCAGAAGAUUUGAACAAUCAGUUGAAAAAAGAAAUCAAGAAAGGCAUGAACUAAUGGAACUGAUUGGAGGUUUGCCUUUUGAGAUUUAUAAUCAAUUGAAACAAUGGCCGGAGGUAGAUACCAAUAAUCAAGAUGAAUCUAAUGCAAAUGAAACUAACAAGUCUAAUACUUUACAAGAGAACAAUUCAACUAAGCAUAAAACUAAUAAAUCUAAUAAAACUCAAGACCAAUCAUUUGAAGACCUAAGUGUAGACCCAGUUGAACAAUUGAAUCCAACAGACGCAACACAUAUAUCAAGAGACACAUCAAACGAUGCCAAGAAUUGCAUUUACCGAUUUAAUCAUGCAUUACCCUACCAUCACCCUUCAGUAACUUUAAGAUCAUCCAGAAUCCAUCAACCGAAAUCAGCAGCAUAUGCCACAAGAAUCAAUUCGAUCUUGACUGAAUUAGAAAUUCCUAUCAAUAUUUCUACUCCUAAACCGUUGAUUAUGGCUACAAGAGAAAAUGUAGAAAGUUAUACUUCUUUGCUGGGAUCGGCUAAUAAGUUGAGUGAACUUAAAAGACAUGUGGAUAAAGUGGAAUCAGAUUUAAGGAACUUGAGAAGACGAAAAGAAUCAUUGUUGGGACCUAACCAAAAAACUUUGGAAAGUCAAGAACUGGACUCUAAGCCGGUUUUAAUUGAUGAUCAAACUCAAACUCAAACUGAAACCUUCGUUAAUCUACCUGAUCCAACACAAUCACAGCCAACAAAAAAGCGAUCAGUUUCAAUUUCUUCUGAUUCGUUAACAGGAGAUGGACCAAGGAAAAAAGCACGUCAAGAAUGAUCCGAUUUGCCUCCGAUACGUUUGAUAUCGAAUCAUUACGUUUUCAUUAUUCUAAGGUUUGUGUUUUUGUUUCUCUCAUGUACACUUUCAUCGUGAUUUUUCAAAAAUUCGAAGAUUCAUUGAUCACUUCAGCUGUUCCAUUGUAUCCUCCUAUUAUGAUUAAUUAGAGUCGACUUUGUAAUAUACUUAUUGAGUUCUUUCGCGUUAUCUUGGGUUGUCUUGUUCAGCUUGUAUCAAUAAAAUCAAACGGUCUUUUCGUUUACUUUUUCCCUUGGAUAGUCUUUGGUACAGAGACCUUUGUAUGUACAAGAGUUGACGCUGUAUAGCAAGUUUUGAAAUUUUCACGAGUCGUGGUCGGCACC